CUAACUACGGGAUACCCAUUCCGCUUCCGCAUUGAAUUUCCAUGAACAACUUAAGAAGGAAGAAAAACCAAGCAUUCUUACGUGAUCGCCACAUAGGAUAUCCAGAGACGCUGAACUGGAAACUGGAUGUUUUCAAUGCGAGGCAAUACCAUCGUCUGUGUUCCCCGUCCCAUAUCAGCCUGUUCGGCUACGCCUGCUUCCUCGUACUCCGCACGCCAUGCGCGCGAGUCUCAAGACCCGGGAGGAAUAUCAGUCGGUUGGUAACAUUGAAGGGCUUUCCAUGGCAUACCAAUGUAUUCCAUGGGAAUCCGGAUCAAAAUUCGGAGUUUGGAGUAGAUACCGAUAUCUUCCCACGUCACUCAGGACACCAUGUGCGACGCCAGGCAUCGUGAGGCAAUUCAACCACCAUUACAUAGAGCAGACACACUUGGGUCAAGCAUAAUACGCUCAAACGAUAUAUACACA